AUGAGCGCAAGAGACUACUACGACGGCGAUCAACAAGGCCGGGGGGACAACUACGGUGAAGGGCGCCGACCAGAGGGAGGCUACGAAGGCGGAAGCAACGAGGGCGAAUACGGAGGCCGAGACAACGAGGGACGAUAUGGGGGGCGGCAAAAUGAGGGUCGGUAUGGGCAGGGAGAAAGACGUCAAGAGGGAGGCUACGAAGAUAGAAGCAACGACGGAGGGUACGGUGGCCGAGAUCAUGAGGGCCCGGGAUCAGGCAGACGUCAGGAGGGAGGUUACGGUGGCGGUCGUGAGAACGAGUACUCUACCCAGCCGAUCGAUGAUGGGGAAGGGCGCAGACACGAUAACUACGGUGGAGGUGGGGGAUACGCUAAUUCAGACGAGGAUGAUCUGAGCGGUGCUGCUCGGCAUGCCGAGAGACACGCUGGAAGCUCUGGUGAUUCUUCCAUCUUCUCCAGCGUUUUGAGCUCGCUUGGUCGGAAUAAGCAGCAUAUUGGCGACUCGAGUCUCAAUGAAGAGGAUGCCGUUCAGUCCCACCAGCAGAUGUACGGGAACGGGGGGAGUGGACAAGCCAGCCCGGGCUCCAUGGGCUCGGCUGCCGCUAUGCAGGCACUCAAGAUGUUCUCCGGUGGUGGCUCCGGCAACACCCCGGAAGGCAACUCGCAGAACGCUUUCAUCGGUAUGGCCAUGGCCGAGGCUAGCAAGCUGUUCGACAACCAGUCGCAGCAGGGUAAGGCCUCGGGCGCGAGCAAGGAGUCGACUAUCCAGCAGGCUGGAGAGAUGGCUUUGAAAAUGUACAUGAAGAGUCAAAUGGGUGGCGGUAGCUCCGGCGGUGGCAUGUCGGGGUUGAUGGGACUUGCGAGCAAGUUUCUCUGA